GAUGUUCUUCACAAAUACUUCCCUCGUCAAAGCAUUUCAUCGCGCAAACAACACAAAACUCGUCACUCGUGAGAUAUUCUGUCAGCCAUGCCGGGCCCGGUUAAAGAAACGGACCUAACGGAGAGGAUUGAAGCCUUUCUGUCCGAGCUGAAGCGCGGGGGCAGCGGGGCCGGAGCCGUGCGGGGCUCCGCGGAGACAGCCCGGGAAACCACGGCGCUGCUCCGCAAGAUCACCGCCCAGGCUCGCUGGGGCAGCGCAGGGGAUUUAAUGGAAAUAAUCCGGAAAGAGGGGAGGAGAAUGACAGCUGCCCAGCCCUCAGAGACCACCGUGGGAAACAUGAUCAGACGGGUGUUGAAGAUCAUCAGAGAGGAGUAUGCCAGGUCUCGAGGUAGCAGUGAAGAAGCGGAUCAGCAGGAGUCUCUCCACAAGCUGCUGACCACUGGAGGACUCAGCGAGGAGAACUUCAGGCAGCAUUUUGCUCCUCUCAGAGCCAAUGUCAUUGAAGCCAUCAAUGAGUUGCUGACGGAGCUGGAGGGAACAACGGACAACAUUUCCAUGCAGGCCUUGGAGCACAUUCACUCCAAUGAGGUCAUCAUGACGAUUGGGCGCUCGCGCACAGUUGAAGCCUUUCUCAAUGACGCCGCACGCAAGCGCAAGUUCCACGUCAUCGUGGCAGAGUGCGCCCCUUUCUGCCAGGGACAUGAAAUGGCCACCAAUCUUUCACAAGCUGGAAUUGAAACAACAGUGAUCACUGAUGCGGCCAUAUUCGCUGUCAUGUCUCGGGUUAAUAAGGUCAUCAUCGGUACGCAGACAGUUCUGGCGAAUGGGGGUUUGAGGGCCGUGAAUGGGACACACACGCUUGCCUUAGCAGCCAAGCACCACUCGACGCCGCUCAUCGUUUGUGCUCCCAUGUUCAAGCUCUCGCCUCAAUUCCCAAAUGAAGAAGAUACCUUCCAUAAGUUUGUUUCCCCUCAUGAGGUUCUGCCUUUCACUGAAGGUGAGAUCCUGUCGAAGGUGAACGUUCACUGUCCAGUGUUUGACUACGUCCCUCCGGAGCUGAUCACUCUGUUCAUCUCCAACAUUGGAGGACACGCGCCAUCCUACAUCUACCGACUGAUGAGCGAACUUUACCACCCAGAAGACCAUGAACUUUAAUUAAUUGUAAAUAACAAAUAAAUGAAAUACGAUAAC